CUCUGACCAGCAAAACAUUUGAAAAUGAACUCCAGGCCUGGCGAUCCCGCGCGUGACCCGCUCACGAAUGGCUCCUCGAUUGCGCCGGGCAACACCCAAAGCCAUGGCUUUCUUGUUGAAGCACAGCAGAGGCACCAGCCGGACAAUCUCGAACAUCCGCCUUUCAAACGACAGCGAACCGAGACCGUUCCAGCCACAGCCCCCACCAUCAACAACCAGAUCCAGCAGAAUGGCAACUCUCAGACUGUUCCUCAUUGGGGAAGGCAGGACGUCUUUAUCCAAUGCCUCGCAAACCAAGUGUUCCCGCACGUCGACCGGGAGCUAGCAAAUUUGCCCAGAGACAAAUACGACGUACAAAAGAUAGGAACAAAGGUCGUCGAGAUCGUGACUGGCGCCGACUUUACAGCCGCUUAUAAGCUUGGGAAUGGGCGUGUAAGCGAUGCGUUCGAACGACUCCUGGCUGCCCGUAUCCCGGUGGAGACUCGCGCAUUGCUCAUGCUUCCCGAAUAUCGGUUCAAAUCGUACACGCCGGUGCCCGUCCCCAAGGUCCCACCUGUCCUGGCACCUCCCCAGGCUCCUUCCGGCUAUGCCUCAGCCCCGCUGCCGCCUCCGCCUCCGCGUCCGGGCUCGGCUAUAGCCCCUACAUUCCCCGCGGCUGAUGAACGUCGCUACUCUAACUCUCCAAUACCUCUUCCAGCAGUACCUGGGCGUCAAGAAGCAUACAGAGGUGUAAACCCUCCUUCAGGGCUGCGAUACCCUCAUGCUCCGGUUCCCAGUCAUGCGACGACAGGAAUUCACCGACCGACCAUACUGCCGCCUCCGCCCUCGACUCAGGUUAUUACCAUUAAGGACGAUGACGAGGAAAAACAAGGCAAAGGAACACCAUCAGCGGCCAUAACAGUGCCUCAACCAAAUUCAACCGUUAGACCGCCGAUGGUUCUGGACCCACCGUCGGCAUCUGUCACUCAGCCCUCUGUUAGCAACCUACCUGUCGAUCUACCCGAAAACUUCGUGUCGGAACCGAGGAGGCGAGGCCGAGUAUCUCGAUGGCGUAAACGCGUCGAAGAAGAGCAGAGGCCGCAAAAUCGUGGCAUAGUCACAACGUCGGCACAGAAUUAUCGAAGUCGAGCGCAUGCUUUGGUCUGGCGGGGACACGAGGACAGUGUUGAUUCUCGAGGUUUAUCAUCGCGGCUGUUCAGUGAGGCUAAACGACCAUAUCUAUCAGCGGAGCAGAGGGCCAACAUUUCAGCUGGUGUGCAGGGCUUUGUACGGUUUGACGAUUCCGUGGUCCCUCGACCUACAAUCUUCCAUGUCGACUUUACCGCCGAUGAAAUCAAGGCUCUGCGGAACCUUUGUCGAAGAGUCCUUGGCCUGUCAUCUGGGAGUCGGAAGCAAGAUCUUGCUAAAGAUCUCCGAAAGCAGCUCAAGAAGCAUCGCGGAGACAUUGUCAAGGUCUUAGAUGCCAUCCGGUCGGAAAGUGAACUUUCGCAUCGAAACAGGACAGACGUUGAACGAUUCCUCCAUGACCUAGUCAAUCACAAGGUAGCAGGGAAUCCCUCGAUUCUUGCCUUGAAGAGGGAUAAGUACGACUUGCACGGUGAGCUUGCUCGUUCGAGCCAGAUUAAUUCACUCCUCUUUGCUAGGGAAACUUCUGGUAACCGCGGCAUGGCUUUGCGGGCUCCCUUGAACUUCCCGAACGAGUUCGUCAAGUGUCGCGAGGAUGAGCUGGAGCUGCGAAGAGAAUGGACGGAUUGUGCCGGAGAUAUUGCGACCAUUGCCUGGGUCUCGAACGACGGCUUCAUUUGUGGGACAACAGAGCAUUCGGAUGCUCAUAAUCAGCAGUACAACAAGCCUGGUAACCUCGUUCUCGGAUCAUGCAGCCAAGGCACUUUGCGGGCAUAUCCUGAUCAUCGAAUUGUCCGUCCGGUUGUCGAAAAGGGCGAGAACUCGACCGAUGCUAUGAGACAGAGUCAAGAUCCGUGGCUGUACUCAUCUGUUGUUUCCUCGGACUAUGACGAUGUCCACGGUCGGGCAUUUACUUCUGGGUUUGACCGGAAAGUCAAAGUCUGGAAGGUAGACCCGUCCGGCUCCUCCAUGGUUUUGUUGGGCGAGUGGUCUCACGGGGGUAAUGUCAACUUUGUGGCUGCCUCAAACCCUAUUCAAACACUAGAUUGCUGGGCGCUCGAUAUCAAUGAGCUCACUGUCAUGCCCAUCAGCUUCGGUUCCUGCUACAUUACGGCGGGAUGCACAGACGGAAUUACAUACGUUUGGGACACCGCUCAAGGUGACAAGCCGAUCCAUACUCUACGUCAUGGAGAGCCCAUUGAGGAGUUCAGAGGUGAUCGUGAGCACGAGGAUGUAGGCGUCAAAUUUACCGCGUGGGGAAGAACUCUUGACCGAUUUUAUACCGGUUCAUCCGAUGGCGUGGUAAAGGUCUGGAAUCUGCCAGACCGUACUCUCGGCGUCGUCCAAGGCCCGAAUUAUGUCGAGACCGGCUUAUAUCGGCGCGAAGCGCAUUUAGACGAGGAUCCUCGCUUGCCGCUCAAAGCUAGCUUCAAUGGAUUGCAGCAAGAAACCAGACGGCAGUUUAGCGAAGGAGUGAGACGGUAUCUUUCACCGUUGAGAUCUAUUACGAAAGAGAGUUUCCUAAAAGCGAAGGAAGCCCAUUUCACAAACCUGCCACUGGACUUUAGCGUUGAUCUCUUGGAAGAGGAGACUAAGCAGGCUCUCGAAGCUGAAGGCGUAGACUGGCAGCUGAACGAAGGAACAUUGGAUCUUGUUUAUGAGGACGACGAGAACGACAAUGAGGACCUUGUAUCCAGCGGUGCUAAUGGAAGCGACAUUGAUGAAUUCUAA